AUGUAAAGGAUUACAUUUCUUGCAGGAGAAACUUUUCUUUAAUUCUUGAAAAUCAAUGGGUUAAAAGACAUCAGGGGGAAAAGGGACAUCUGGAGGAGGUGACAAGGUGUGAAAGUUUAAGAUGAAUUUCAUAAACCCAGUUGCAAUUUUGUUGUCAGUGUGCGUGCUAAUCCUCCGUGUUGAGUCAUCGGUUGACGACAAGCAAAGUGCCAGCCACAAUAACACUUCUCAUGAAAACGGAACACCAGGUCAUGCCAGCGAUCCGCCACCGGAGCUUAAAGUGGCAAAGUUUGACUUUGCAUAUGUGGCUGGGCCACUGACGAUCAUUGUAUGGAUUUUGAUUGCAAGUUUUGCCAAACUCGUUUUUCAUUUGUCUCACAAGCUGUCUUCGAUUGUACCGGAGUCAUGUCUGGUAAUUGUCCUUGGAAUUGUUAUUGGAGGGAUAAUGAAGGGUAUAGGCAUUUUGGAGAUGGUUCCCACCUUCUCAUCACGCACUUUCUUUCUGUUUAUGCUGCCGCCAAUUGUCCUUGAGGCUGGUUAUUUUCUUCAGGACAGAGCAUUUUUCAACAACAUAGGAACAAUUUUGUUGUAUGCUGUUGUGGGAACAAUUUUCAAUACAUUCACCGUAGGGCUGUCAUUGUUUGGGGUAUCACUGACUGGCGGGCUGAACUUGACUUUGAUGCAUACAUUGACAUUUGCAGCCCUCAUUGCGGCAGUGGAUCCAGUUGCUGUGCUUGCUGUGUUUGAAGAAAUUCAUGUUAAUGUUAUGCUGUAUAUCCUGGUGUUUGGGGAAUCACUUUUAAAUGAUGCUGUGACUGUAGUUCUAUACCAUCUCUUUGAAGGUUUAGCAGGGUUUGAUGAAGUCUCUUACAAAGAGAUCCUUACUGGCUUUGCAUCAUUCUUUGUGGUCAGUCUCGGAGGGACAACUCUGGGGUUGCUGUGGGGAUUGGCCACCGCAUUUGUAACCAAGUAUACUGAUCAUGUUAGAGUGAUUGAACCCAUCUUUGUGUUUAUUAUGAGUUACCUUUCAUACCUGACGGCAGAACUGUUCCACUUGUCUGGAAUUAUGAGUAUUGUCACUUGUGCUAUUGUCAUGAAGCCUUAGGUUGAACGUAACAUCUCAAGAAAGUCCCAUACAACAAUCAAGUACUUUUUGAAGAUGCUGAGUUCAAGCAGUGAGACUCUGAUCUUCAUGUUCCUUGGAGUGCAAGUGGUCAGUUGGAGUCAUGAAUGGAACACACAGUUUGUCUUUGUCACACUGGUAUUUCUCCUUGUUUUCAGGGCCUUAGGGGUUGUCAUCCUUACCUUCCUUGCCAAUAGAUUUGGUCGCAUUAAUAAACUCAGCGCUGUAGAUCAAUUUAUUAUGAGCUAUGGUGGUAUCAGAGGUGCUGUGUCAUUCUCCUUGGCUGUUUUACUGGACGAACAUCAUUUUCCAAUGAAGAACAUGUUUGUCACCACCACAAUUGUUAUGGUCCUUUUUACAGUUUUCUUCCAGGGGAUGACGAUCAAACCUCUUGUGCGGAUUCUUCAUGUGAAACUGAGGGGAAAGGAACAACUCAGCAUGUGUGUGGAGCUUAACGAAAAGCUUUUAGACCACCUUGUAGCUGGAAUUGAAGAAAUCAGUGGCCAUCAUGGUCACGGGUAUUACUGGGAAAUGUUAGAGUAUGUGCACACACAUUAUCUGAGGAGGUGGUUGAUACGUGACAACGAUCGGUUUGUCCAAGAUGAAGAAAUUUUGCUCGCGUACAGAAGACUGGCUUACAAAGAUGCCUUGACACGCUUAGAAAAAGAAGGAAGCGGAUCAGCCAUAUUUCCCACAAAUAUCCCACUUGAGCUGUUAGCGAAGAGUGCUUUUGAAGCAUCGGCCAUCUGUGCAAAGGCAGGAGAAGAUGUUCGUGUUCCUGAUGCUAUUCAAGUAGAUUGGCGAGCGUCAGGAGUACCAAGUGGAGGCGAGCUUGAAAUUCACGACACCUCAAUGCAUAGCUUAAACAAUCUCAUAGAAAGAAACAGAAGAAGUAACGUGCAACACGUCACUAGUGAGGGCGGAAAUAAGAAUACUGCUCAGAGCACGUCAAGAUUUGAUUUUACGUCUGCUUAG